AUGUUCUUUCAACUCAGUUUAUCCCUCCUCUUUUUCCCAAUACCCUUCACUUCGAAGAUUCUCCCCGCGCCCCUCCCGCCCUUCUCCUCCGCAUCCCAUAGUGCUACACUGGCAGCCCUCGCCUUCCCCCUCCCAGGCCCCCAGGAGCACAGCCCCCACUCUCUCAUCCCCUCAUCCACAACCCGAUCAACCCCCCUCUCCUCUCCCCCUGUCCCCCACUCCCUCAGUCGAGCCACCUACGCAUGCCCACAUCCGCCCCCUGCCAACACUCGCCCCUUUCUCACACUCCCUUCCCCCUCACCAACCCCCUCCCACGUCUCAG